AUGCCGUCACCAGUUGGUUUCUUCAAGGCAAAUGUCGCUUCAAAUAAGUCUUUCUACGUUGUUUCCGCAUUUUCAAUUGUUGCUCUCCUCCUUGCUCUUGUAGCAACUGGAUACCAAUUUUCACUCUUCGGUGAUACUGAAAGAGAUGGUGAAUACUAUAUGAAUUUGAGCAAAGGACCACUUGAUGGGACAUGUGGCGCAAAACCGUUUUCGGAACACUUGCCGUUGGAAUUUACAUACCACAUUUCAACGGGAGACCUGAGCUACAAAUGCAUGCCGCCACUUUUCUUCCAAGUCAUUUGCCACUUGGCCGUGACCAUCACGUUGGUUGGACUUUCAUUAGCGUCGUAUCUUUUCGGCAUUUUGGUAGUGCAGAGAAAGGCUUUUGUGUUCUUAUUUGGGUAUAUACUUAUUUCCAUCUGUAUGAUCCGUGUCGGUAUCACAGAGAUCGUGAUUUCCAUUGGUUCAAAUAACUUUUGUAAGAACGAAUUGUUAUCCUCUGUCAAAUUCAACUCUCCGACCGGCAUAGUUCCAACGUCCGUAAGUUGCUACUUGACACAUUACAUUGUCUUUGGCUUUUAUGAAGUGAUAGUCGGCAUUAUCAGCGUACUCCACUCCAUCAUUCUCUCCUUCUUCUUUAUCAACUAUUUCAAGUUGAAACAAAAACAAAAGGAAGACGAGCAAAAACCAUAUGAAGAUGUUAAGUUCGAUGACAAAGGUCAUGUCGUCUCGGUGACUGACGACGUUAAACCCACCACAACUGGGACAGUCGCAGUCGAGUUGCCAGAAUCGAACACAGCAGUCGAACAACCGACAGUCAAUGACGCCAUCACAGAACACGCUGUACUUGCUGGUUAA